CGUACGGCUUCCUCCGGGCGUCCAGCAACACUGGCGAACUGGGCGAACUACUGAACCUGAACGUCGCUGUGCUGCUGGCAGCUAGGACGUCUGCCACAAUACACAAUAUUUACGAUGUCGUCGCAGGUGCAUGAAUUCAAAGUCGAGAUGACAUGUGAAGGAUGUUCUGGAGCUGUCAAACGGGUGCUCGGUAAAUUGGAAGGCCAAGGUGUCAACAAAGUUGAGAUUGACCUUCCAAGCCAGCGAGUGCUUGUAGAUUCGACACUCUCUUCUGACAAGUUGCUUGAGGUGCUCAAGAAGACUGGGAAGUCUUGCUCGUACAUAGGAGCCAAGGCAUAAUGGCUUGAAGGAAGGAUUACGGAGUAUUUGAGCACGAGACGAGGAAAGGUGUGAUAUAUCUAUGCUGCGCAAACGGUUUCAUUAUCUUUUUGUUGCUUGGUUACUCCAGUGAGAUGAAACAUACGGUGCAUAUAUAAUAAACUAGUCUUGUAUGUAAACUUCUGUUGUGUAACAUUGCAUGUGUCCGUUUAUGUACCAGGGCCUGGCUUCACCAACACCGAUUAACACUUGAGCCGAGAUCAACACUCUCUUAACUGGAAUUUAACGCUUAACCGUGCUUCACAGAAGGCAGUUAUUAUUACUGAAACAUUCAUCACAUCACCAACUAGAGUUUGCAAAAAAAGAAUUGAGCGUUAACUUCAAGUUUUAGCAAUGCUUGAUCUAGGUUCAAAGUUAACCAGGUAAAAUUUCCAAGUGCUCUAGUUGAGGCAGAUGAAGUGGAAAUAAAAAAUGUUAAACUGC